AUGAAAUACUUGUUCGUGCUUCUCGUCUUGCUUUUCGCCUUCAUCUCCAUUGAGGCAGCCGAUGAGGAAUUUGCUGGGAAAUCUUGUCACUCCCAACACGAUUGUGGUCGAGGAUUAUAUUGCUACAAUCAGAGAUGCGUAGCGAAGACGUGUGCGCGAAGAAGGGCCGCACGAAACGAUCCAGUCGCGAGUCGAGAGACAUUCGAAAUCACCGCCGAUUACAUGGAUAAUACGACCGUGAUCGAUAUCUCAUCUUCAAGCCGUGCGUGUGCUGAUCGAAACGAUGAGGCAUUGGAGCUUGAAAGAAACGUCUUCCCACAAACGCUUGACGCUUACCGAAUUGUCGAUCUACCUGCGAUGAUACUCAUCCAGAUUUUGAAGCAUUGCACUCAUGAAGAGAUCGCCGAAUUCUCAAUGACGUGUUGCCGAGCCUAUGAUUUCAUCCACGCAAACAAACGACUCAUCUGUAACCGAUUCACGCGAGGAGUGCUUCAUCAUGACAAGAUAAUGGGGGUCAAGAUCAAGCAUUCGUCGAAAGCUCACCUAUGCCUCUCGCUGAACGAUUUCCGAUUGAUGAACGCUCAUUUUGAAGACCUUGUGAUCAUGUUUCCGCCUGAUGGGCCAAUCGAUCAUCAAAGAACGUUUCACGAUUGGCAUGUCGAUCAAUUGACGGUGAGGCUUUGUCGUGCCAAUAUGCCAUUCAGAAUUCGAAAAGAGAUGUUCCAAGCCAUCAACGCGUUGAAGUACAAGCAAAUUAGCAUCUACAGUCAAGUGAUGACACAAUAUCGGUUGAUCUUCACGAUGUAUUCGGCCGACUAUCCAGGAGUGUUCUUGCAGCCAAUAAAAACGCACGGCGAUAAAUACAACCGCAUUUUCGUGAAGAUGUCGUGCGCAAAUGAACGAGCUGAUGAUUUGCUCAUCGCAGGACUUCACGAAGGAAAGAUUUCAGUGCAUUCAUCUCAAAACUUGAUGGUGAAAUUGGUUUUUGGAACGGAUCAGGUUCAACGAUGUCGAAUGAGAGAAAAGCUAAGGAAACACUCGACUACGGGAUGCAUCAAUUGUGAAAAAACCUGUAAAUUCCCGAUAAGUUGGAUACAUAUGUUUGUUUUCACUUUGUGUAGCAAAGUUUUGUUU